UUGCGAAUAGUCUGCAUACUGUUUGGUUGGCAACUCUGCGAUUGCGGCCACGUACCUGAGGUGUAAUUGCUUUCUCAGAUGUUUUUACGACAUUGUCGAAGAACAGAAGGCAUAUGCAAGCACUUUUGUGAAAGGCAUCUAUCAAUCUGCUGUGUUUGACGUGAAUGCAAAAUAAUUUCUAAAUGAAUGGAUAAUGUGGAUGAAAGAUAAAGAUCACAAUUUAUCAUUGCAUGGUGUUACAUCUCAUAUUCUUAAUCCAAAAUCUUCGUCAGGAAAGACAUGCGGAUCAAAUUGCCUUAGUUUUUUCAUAACCAGCAUAAAGACUCUGCUACUCAUUUCUUUUUAUUAUGUUUUUUCUAUUGGACUUACGUUCUAUAAUAGAUGGCUUUUCAAGGAUUUUCACUAUCCACUUAUUACUACGAGUACUCAUUUCUUGACUGCUUUCGUACUCUGCGGUUUUUCGCGUUUAAUCAUGUCAUAUUGCAAACGAGAUGUGCCAACAUUAUCGUGGGAUGUUUAUGCUAAAAGGGUAUUUUUAACUGGCCUAGCCAGUGCACUUGAUAUAGGAUUGUCAAAUUGGAGUUUUGUAUUUAUCACUGUUUCUUUAUAUACUAUGGUGAAAUCUUCUGCCGUUAUAUUUAUAUUAGCAUUUGCAAUUUUGUUGAAAUUAGAAAAAGCGCGAUGGAGCCUUAUUUUUGUUGUUAUUCUCAUCGCUACGGGACUUUUUCUUUUUGUUUACGAGUCAACUCAAUUUAAUUUGGAAGGAUUUAUACUAGUUCUAAUUGCUGCUUUUAUCGGUGGUUUACGAUGGACGUUGAGUCAAAUUUUAACACAGAAACAGGAAUUGGGUUUAAAAAAUCCAAUCAACCUGAUGUGGCAUUUACAACCAACUAUGUUUAUUGGUUUGUUUCCCCUCGCUGUUGGUUUAGAAGGAUUAUCAUUUUUCACUUCUGAAAAGAUUUUUGCGGCAGACGUAAUACUGAAUCAAACACCUAUUUUGCUAAAGAUUUUACUCGGUGGUAUUGUCGCGUUCUUUUUGGGAUUUUCAGAGUAUUUAUUACUCAGUAAUACCUCAUCACUCACAUUGUCCAUUUGCGGAAUUUUUAAGGAAAUUUGCACGUUGUUACUAGCAUCACGAUAUAACGGUGAUCGGUUGACAACGAUGAAUUGGAUUGGUUUUGCAGUCUGUAUAUGUGGUAUAAUAUUGCACGUCUUUCUCAAAAACAGAGCAGAAUCUAAACCAGAAGAGACUUCUGAAAACAUUACCAUGAACCUUCUUGGAGGCGAUCUCGCAUCUACUGCAGAAGAAAGUUCAGAAGAUGAAAUUUUUGAUGCCAGGAACAGAUGAUGAUGGUUUAAUCAUUGGUUGCCACCAUCAGAUUAAUUAUUAUUAUGCUCUUUCAUUGUGGGAUUCUAUGUUUGUUGUAUUGUCAGACCAGUGUCUUGUUUAUGUAAUACCGACACCAGUUGAUGGAAUGGUAUAUUGUUUUUUCACUUUUAUGUGAUGUCAGAAUCAAAUUGAAAUAAUUUCUGGAAUAUUGUAUUUCCUCUGUGCCGUAACUGCACUAUGUUUUAAUCUUUCACAUACAAAAUCAAUGUGACGUUUAUCGUCACCCUGUCGAGUAUGGGAUUAUAUCAGCUAUUUUCCCAGUAUGCAGCACUGAGAAGAUUUUUGGUAACAUAAUGGGCUUCUUGGGCGAAAUUUUUUUCCCAUACUGAUGCUUGGUCAGACAGAGUAUUUCUGUAGUUGUCGCUUUACCAUUGGUCCAAGAGAGAUGUUUCUGCUAAGAAUAAUUAAUUGUCGCCAUCACAUAUAACAAAAUUAUGAAUUUCUGGUUAGCUCUCUUUGUAUGCUCAUUAUAUAUGAAUCUUCCCUUCGGCCAGUGUAAGAGGAUUAUAGGUGCAAAAAUUACGCCUCAAAAUAGUAUGCCGAAGUAACUACAUUCACCAUAUUUCAACUUUAUUUUUUACAAAUACUAUUUAAUUGAGACUUUUGUUGUAGUCAACAUGUUAUAUGAUUAGCUUUAAAUAGUAUCAGUUCACUUAUUUGUUUCUUGACCUUUCAAUCGUCAUUCUAGAGCAAAACAUUGUGUUUUUUUAGUUUUUAUUAAAUAACACACCAUUUGCUUUGCAGGCAUCACUGGUCUUCAAAAGAUUAAUCAUUUCCCAGUUUUGGGAAAAAAUUUUCUCAUUUUUGGGGUUAUUUUAUGUUCUGUUAAAUCCACUUUGGUCUUAGAGAUGUUUGGAUGAGUUCCCGUCACAGAUUUUUAGCAACAAAAGAGUGUAACAACAGUUAAUGUAAGAGUGAACUUUUGGCAUCUGGCAUACUUCUCAUUCCACAAAAUUAUUUUGGAUUCAAGCUUCCUUAAAAAACGGACACAAUUACAUGUAUUCCUUACUUUUAAAUAUGUUCGGGUAGGACCAGGUCAUUCAUUGGUGGGCUAUAAAAUAGUAUUGUGGAGGCAAGGGUCACCAUUUAUCAAAAAGUAUCAUUGACUCGACUAAGCAAUUUACAUUAAAUUUGAAGUGCCUCUAAUUAUUGACUCAAAAUUUAUCAAAUAGUUUUCAGUAGUUCAGUCAACUAAAUGGAAUGACAUUGACCUGUCAGCAACUAACUAUCUGUGAGACUACUCUCAUUGAUUGACUUCACUCGGAUGACCUGUGACAUUGGGGGUCGAAGGGGCUACUAUCCAGCGCGCUACUGUAAACCUCCAUAUAUAUGUCUGGGCUUUGUGAGUUCUUAAAAAAGAGGCUUCAGGAAUGUAUGUUUUGAUAAUUGAAAAUAAUAUUUUACCUUAGUAAUAUAAACUCUUCAAGGUUGUGAUAUUUGUUGCAGAUUAUUUAAACAUUUUUAUAAAAACUAUAUUUAUGAAUUGUUGGAACCCUAACAUUAUUAUUGUAUUAACAUUCGGAAGAAAAUUGAAUCACCAGAUAUUCAAUUGCUUUGUAAUAUUGCAAACAUAAUCGCCUAUAGUUUUGCGGAUUUGCUAAUGAAAUGCUUGUUAACCAAUAAGUUACUUGAGGAAAAAAUUGUCCUUUAAUUUUUGCAAAUCUUAAAAUUAAUCUUAUAUAAGUGAUCGGUUCGUACUUUAAUUAUCUGUUCUUACCUAGCAGUGUUAAAAACAACCCGAAUGUGUCUGCAUUUAGAAAAAAAGUCUACAAAUAUCAAUGUAUCUUUUUUGAAUGUGACUCUACCCCUUUUCUUCUAGUUUAUGUUAUAACAUUUGUUGUUGGCGCGAUAUGGUAGUGGUAUUUAUUUUCAUGUGUUCAAAGCUUUUUUGAACCUUUAGUAAACUUGUUAAAUGAUAUAUAAAAAUGUAAUACUAGUUGGUGCAAUUAAUUACUUCUGAUUUUGCCAAAUAUAUUAGCUAGCAAAAAAUG